GCAGCCGGCCAAAACCCAAAACAACAACAAGAAGCCUCAGUCUUUCUAAUAGGUAUGUAGGGGCAUCUAUUAAUAGACUAUAGAGGUAUUUACCUCACAUGUUUCUAAUUUACAUUUCCCUAGCGAUGUGAAAACGAUGUCUCUACACACCUAUUGAAAAGACUGGAGUUCUCCCUGUUGUUGCUGUUUUCCAGCUGGCAGCUCAGGGGCUCAGGGGCUCUGCCCUCUUUAAGCUUAAAGAGCUGCUGAGCCAGAAGGCUCCCUGGAUUGCAGCUCAGCUGGGCCAACUGAAGUUGUGAAGUUCUCAAGUGAUGCUGCUGAGUGAAGGCCUGAGGACACACAACAGAAGGAGUCGUGCGCGCACACACCAGCACCCUACUGGGCGCACAGGCAGCUCUCUCUGGAGAGCUGGCUGUGGGCAUGGAGGGCGGUUUUAAGAAGAGAGAGUGUGCAUUCACUCUGAGAGAUGGUGACAUAAGCCACCCUCCCUCUGAAAACAAUUUAAAUAGCAAGGUCCAAUAUUACAAAACAUUUAAAUGAGUCAUUGAUCACUUAUGAGUAAGACCAAAACUGAAGAGAAAGAUGGAUUCCUGGGAAGUCAGCAGGUACCAGUUUUUGCCCUAAGGCAAUGUGUAAAACCUGAAGAUCACCCAGUGUGAGGGACACUGGAGAGAAAGGACAGAGCCCAGGCCCUCCAGGUGAGGAGUCUGGGAGGGAACAUUGGCACAUCCUGCUGCUGUGGCAAAAUACCUGAGACGGGGAACCAGUGAGAACAGAAAUCUCUCUCUCACAGUUUUGGAGGCUGGGAAGGCCACAAUUAGGGCGCCAACAGGUCCUGUGUCUGGUGAGGGGCCCCGUCUCUGUGUCCAAGCUGGCCCCUUGUCACUGCAUCCUCUGGAGGGGACAAGUGCUGUGUCUACACAAGGAAGAAGAGAUGGAAAGACAAAAGGGGUGAUGAUGUGUGAAGCCUUUUUUAUUAAAGCUUUAGUCCCAUUCACAAAGGAAGGUCCUUGAAACCUCAUUACCCCCAAGGGUCCCACUCUCCAUACUGUGGGACUGGAGAUUGAGUUUCAGCAGGAAUUUGGGAGGAGACACAAACAUUUCAACCUUAGCAGGACCUAGGGCUGGAAGGAGACUUAAACCCUCUGAAUUGAAGGAGUCAGCAGAGAAACUCUCCUGUCUUGGACUUGGCAGUGAGUGCAGGGGAAAAACUUCACCAGAUAAUUUAUGAUCAGAAGUCAUUCAUUAUGUGAAUUUGCAGGCCCCAAUUAGAAAAAAACUUCAAUUAUAAAACUGUAAUACAUUUUAAAUAAAUAAAAAUAAUCUGAGAUUGGUAGAGCCCCUGAAAAAUAGAAGAAACAAAUUCAAAUACUUUCUGAAGGAAGUUAUUUUCAACUAAAGCUUCAGGAAAUUUCUGUACAUAAAUUUCAAGGAAAUUGGUCAAUUUAGUGUGAAAAAACAUCUCAGAAUUCACAGUGAAAUAUUAUAAUCUGAUGAAGAGCCAGGAGAAAGAGCAGACAGCAGAGUCAGACCAAGACUUCAGAUCAGACACAGAAUAUAAAAUAAGUUCAAAAGGUUUGAAGAAAUGUAAACAUCUCAGCAAUAUGAACAAUUAGCAAGACACUAUAAAAAUUACCAUGCAGAUUUGAAGGAGAAACAGACAGGCAAACAAAACUUCUAAAAUUGAAUUAUGUAGUGAUUGGAAGGCAGCUAUGCUCGCUGUACCACCAGCGCACAUAGAACUGAAUUAUAUAGUGACUGGGAGGCAGCUAUGCUCGCUGCACCACCAGCGCACAUAGAACUGAAUUAUAUAGUGAUUGAAGUUAAAAACUCAAUAAACAUCAGAAAAGAUACCACAGAAAAUAAUUAGAGGAAUGAAAGAUGAAUCUAAAAAAUUAUAUAUAGUGCAACCCAAAAAGAUUUAAAAAUAUAUUAAAGAGGGACAGAGAGCCAUGGCAGAGAAGCUCUGAGGUAAAUAGAUCCAGAAGGGAGCAUUAGAGAAAAUGAGGAAGGGGCAGCAUUUGAAGGGAGAAAGCCUGAGAACAUUCCACAAUUAUCUGAGAGUGGCAAGCCACCUUCAAGGAAGCAACUGAGUCUAAAAAGGGAUAAAAAGAAAUCUGCAGAUAGGCACAUUAACAGGGCCAGUAAAAGCAGCAGAGAGAAGAGACUGAGCUCUUACGAAGGGCCAGCAAAUGGCUGGUGGCAGGUGCGGGAGGUCCAGAAAUUGGGUGACCAGACGGUCACUUCCUGGGUUUGUUAGAUAUGUCUGCUGAGGCUUUUUCUGGGCAUCGAAGACUCCCCAGUUCAUUCCUAGGGUGAGCCCAGAGCGACUGCCACCCACAGCUGUAGAAGCAGCCUUCAGCCCACGGCAGGGCUAAAGAGACCACCCAGCCUCCUUUCCCCAGGCGGGGGUAGCUCUGAGAAAUGUUCUAGACUGUCUCACAGAGUACUGAGUGAGACUGACAGCUAGCACCCUACAGAAGGAAACGACUGGUGGCACACCCUACCCACUGCCCCCACCGCCAGAGCUUCCUGCUGUCACAGCCAGACACAGGAUCAGCACCUCCUCAGGGCUCCUUCUGGGGAACCAGGCAGGACAAGGUCUCAAUAGUGGUGUUGUGCACCCUUCACCUCUCCGAGGGCCUUUCUUCAUAAGGAAACCCUCCGUCCACUCCACUCCUCAGACUCAUGGCCUGUCCGUGACACUGGCCCCACAGGUGCCGUAGCCAAGUGGGUCUGACCUACUGCCUGCACAGAGACCCCAGGAAGAGGACCCCCACCAGAGACUUCUGAGGAAAACAGUCGCACAGUCCUGGGAACUGGAUCCAGCGUGCAGACCCUUCCUCCUCAGCUCCUUGGAAAGGGGGUCCCACGGCUUCUCUGCAGCAGGGCACAGCACAAGCAGACCCCACACAGUAAGCGCCAGCAGGCAGCUGGGGUGCUGACAGCAUGGAACUCAAGAGAGGAAAGACCUUCAUCAAAUCCAGCCUGCAGAUUUCCCAUGAGAAACCCACAGACCCAGCCGCCACUGCCCCCACCAGGGAGGAUGCAGGCCCCCCCAAACAGGGUGCACAGCCAGACCCCAAGGGAAGUCCGGCAGCCCCCUGUGAGGCCACCUCUAAGCUGAUACGAAAAAGCAAGACUCACGACAGUGUGCCAGGGGCUGGCAGGACAGCUGCCACCACCAGGCAGCUGGUAGGCAGUGCUAGUUUCCCAGGACCCUCAGGCAGCCAGCGCAUGAUUGACUACCGUCACUUUGUGCCCCAGAUGCCCUUCGUGCCGGCAGUGGCCAAGAGCAUCCCAAGAAAGAGAAUUUCCCUGAAGAGGCCUAAGAAGUGCUUCCGGAACCUCUUCCACAUUCGCAGAAACAAGUCUGAGAACUUGGCCUCACUGGAAGCCAAGGGGAAGAGCUUGCUCUCCCCUGGGGGCCCAUCGGAUGCAGGAGGGCAGCGAGGCAAAGCCUUCCUCCCCCUGGGUGAGGCGCCAGGGCCGGACAGCCUGUGUCAGGACCUGUCAGACAGUGAGCUCUUGACUGAUUCGUCCUUCGACCUCUGCAGGGCCCUGUGUGAGGACGUGGCCUCACUGCAAAGCUUCGACUCGCUCACGGGCUGCGGGGAGAUCUUUGCCGACGAGAGCUCAGUGCCAUCCCUGGAGCUGAAGGAAGGCCUGGGAAGCCCAGCUGGGGCUACCCAGGACCUGGAGAGCAAGGUCCCCAGAGGCCCCUUACAAGGCAGCGUGGAGCAGCUGGCCUCACCUGCCCAGAGCGAGGUGGCAGACUUCACCCAGUUCUGGAACAGUGUGAAUCGCUCAGUGAGGCGACAGCAGCGCGCCCUGCUGGGCCCGUGGCUUGCAGCCCCCCAGGGCACAGACACAGACCAACCCAGGCUGGAUGUGGCUGGGCUGGCUCAGCUGCCCUUGUGCCCCUGCAGGGAUCCCCAGAGUGGCUCCAAAGCUAGCUCUGUUGACGCAGGUACCCCCAAGAGUGAGCAGCCGGAAUCUGUGUCCACGAGCGACGAGGGCUACUAUGACUCCUUCUCGCCAGGCCUCGAGGAGGACAGGAAGGAGGCCACGAGCCCAGGCACACCCGCAGCCCCCUUCCCACGGGACAGCUACAGUGGGGACGCCCUCUAUGAGCUCUUCCACGACCCCAGGGAGGGCCCUGUUGGCCCAAGCCUGGAUGACGACCUGUGUGUGUCUGAGAGUCUGUCCGGCCCAGCCUUGGGGACACCGCUGUCUAUGUGCAGCUUCCACGUGGGGGCCGAGGAGAACCUGGCCCCAGCACCAGGGCCCGACCUGCUCAGCCAGGGCUUCCUGCAGAGCUCCUGGAAGGGCAAGGAGUGCCUGCUGAAGCUCUGCGACACUGAGCUGGCCAUCACCAUGGGCAUUGUCAGCUGGCUCCGCCGAGGCCCUGCACCCCGAGCCCCACCUGCACCCGAGGAGCCCACAGCCCCACCUGGCCCCCAGAGGGCCCCCAGGGCACAGGCAGAAAAGCUGGAGUGCAGGGGACCCCAGGCCUCAGACGCAGGGGGGCCCACGGUGUGCUCAGCAACCGGCAGGCAGGAGCUGUGGGAGCACUCAGGCGCCAAACGCCUGCUUGCCAGAGAGAGUAAGGUCCCAGUGGGCACCGUGCAGGGGCCCAGCUCUCUGUCCAGGCACCCCUCUCUGGAGAAAGGGACACAAGGCCACCUUGAAAGCUUGUUCUCCUCUGUGCUGUCUGCAGCUGCUGUGACAGCAGACACUUCCAGUAAAAACAAGCUCCCAAACCCCUCUGCCUGGCCCAGCUCCCAGAAGGAGACCAGGCCACCUGGGGACCUGGGGUGUUUCCAAGACCCCUGGAGACCAGGUCACAGGGGAAGUACUCGGGACACAGAGCCCAUACUGACAGGCUGUGUGGCCCAUGUGGCAGCCCUGCAGAUACAUCAGGAUGGCCAGCCCUCACCUGGACAGCGUCUAGGGCAGGACACAGGCAGUGGGUUCUUCGGGCAGCCCCAGGCCAACGGCUUUGACAUUCUGCUGCAGACACAGCCCAGCAGCUUCCCCAGAGUGGCCACCACCUGUGACCUGCCCUCUCUGGCCAGUGCACAGGACCAGAGGUGUCGAGACCACAUCUCAGACCUGAGUAGGCUCAGGGUGGAGCCUGCUGGGCUAAGUGUCCAGGCCGGUGCCUCCAUGGAGGGCCAGUCCCCACAGCUCAGCAUGGGGACUGUGGAACAGGUAGCACAUGGCAGUCUGCUGGACUCUGAGGCCCCCUUGGCUCCUGCUGCCUGGUGCAGCCCUCAAUGCCACCACCCAGAAACCCUGGGCCUCACUUUGGACAGCCAGCAGGAGAGGGGGCCCUCGGCAAGUGCCCCUGAAUGCCGCUGCAGCCUCCUGACCCAAGAAGGCCUCCUCUAUGGCUAGCCAGAAGUGGGGGACCUCAAGCCUGGCUGUGGCCAAACCCCACCUGUAGGACAGGCUGGCACUCACCAGAAGCCAUCUUUUGUCCCUGACAUGAGGACUGUGUUGGGGGCAGGGUGGCAGGACAUAGGCAAUCGGGGGUGGGUGUUUUCAUGUGGGGACAUCUUGCCUGAACCCACCAGGGCAGGCAGCUCAAGACCAAGGACAAUUUGAAGCUGUGAACUUCUUGCUGCUCCUCAAACAGCAUGUUCAAGAGAGGAUGUCAAGCUCAGACUUCACACUGAUGGGGAGGAAAGGGUGCCCGGGCAGGGGGAGGAGAAGGAAGUGGGGAGCCAGUACGUAUUCAUGGCAUAUGUGAGGAGGGAUCCGAUCACGAUCCACAAAGACACAAUCCUGAACACCAUAAUCCCUAAUGUUGAAUUCCUGAAAAGUCAAAAUCCCUAAAGUCUAAAAUCCCCAAAUCACAAUCCUGGAAGAUAAAAAUGCCAGAAAUAUAAUUCUGGGGGGAAAAAAAUAAAUUCUUUUAAAGAUAUUAAGUCGCUUUUUAAAAGGGGGAUUUAAUUGAGGAACAUAAUACACAACAGGACACUCAUAGGCCACUUUACACAAUCAAAUGUCCAAUAAUGACAUGCAUAUUUUGCCAGCAUAAACACUCAGGCAUACUAAUGUCAGCCACACAUGUUUAGCAGUUCCGAGUUUGUCUAAACUGUAUUCCUAAAGCAAUAGGUCAGAAAUGGAAAUAUAGAAACACACAUCACUUUGGUUGGUAACUGUAUAAAUACCAUUAUAUUGCGAUGGACAACAGAAGUCUUUUUUUAUGAAAUCGAUCAAAAACCAUAGUGAGUCAUCACCACACAUGCGAUCACCCAAAGAGCUAAGAUCUCAGGAAAUUUUAUAUUUCACAAAUGCAGAUGUGCAAAAAGGACAUCUCUUCAUUUAUUCAGGAUGUUUUAGUGUUUUUACAUACGUGCACAAUGCUCACAUCCAAAAUUGAAGCUGUGAUAAUGCACUUUUAUACAAAUCAGAGCUCUCUAAAAGCCUCUACACAGUUUAUACCUCCAGUUCAUACCUGAUGUCAGUAGCAUAGCUGAGGCUAAAAGCAUCCAGGCCACUGGUGUAAGUCCUGGAGUCCAAAGGCCAUUGAACCUGGAGUUCUGAUGUCCAAAGUAGCAAAGAAAACCCUGUUCCAGCUCUCAGAGAAAGACCAACUGGCCUUCUGUCUUUGUUCUCUCUGGGCCCUGGCCGGUCAGAUGGCAUCCACCAAUGUUGGGGGCAGAUCCUCCCACCUAGUCACUCAGACUCUAGAAACACCCCCACAAAUACACCCAAAAUAACACCUUGCCAGGUUUCUAGGUGGUCCUUAAUCCAGUCAAGCCAAUGCCAAAAACUAAGUCCACAAAUCCACCCCUUGUCUAUGUGGCACCCGUAGGCAUCUCCUUGAACCAUACGUAAUUCCAAAUAAAGACAAUAACAAUGUAGUAAUUCUGCCUAACAUGAUGCAACUAUCCUGUGAUUGUGAUUUUCAGGAUUUUAGAUGUCAGGUAUUUGAUCUUUCGAGAUUUCAACAUUGGGGAUUACAGCAUUUGGAAUUGUGCUUUUCAGGAUUAUGAUCCAAACCCGCGUGAUUGUGGGGUCUGAGGCUCAGGUGGGGGGGCAGAUGGAGGGUAAGCUAGGGAGGACCCACCAGCCCCAGGACAGGUGGCCACACAUGCUGGGGCCUGGAGGGCUUCUCCUCGGGUAUCCGAAGCAGGACCAGCCCUACCUUGGCAGGAGGCUUGAGCCUGCCCCUGCCAUGCGUGGCUGCACCACCCUGCCAGGGCUGGCCAGACCUGCCCACCCUGCUGAUGGGUGCUGAUGGAUUCUCUGUCACAACCAUCCCAGACAAACAGUGAUUUCCUUCUGCUUGCACCCUGUAACUGAAGCUGUGGAUGGUAAAAAUGCUCUUUGGCAAGAAGGCAGUUGAUUCUUCUCAAUCUGUUGUUCCACCUGUGAGUGGCAAAGGCCUUUGACUCCCGCCCUCUGCAUUGUCAGCCUCCUCCUCCUUCCUUCAGGACAACUCCCCUUUGAAUGGGGCUUGUUUCCCUGCCCCCUGAAAACCACAGCACAUAUGCAGCACCCAGACAUUUGGAGCCUGAGGGAGAAGGGUGCUGCAUCUGUCCUGGCCCAGGGUCUGGCCAGCAGGUGCAGAGGCAGAUGGAUUAGACUCUACCUCGGCCAGCACGCUGCAGUGAGACGCCAAGAGGGACAUGACAGGCAGCUAUGAAAUGGGGUUUCCAGAGGAAAAGCAAGCAUAGGAAAAGGUUGGAUCAGGUCAUGGGCAAACUUUGAGGAAGUCUCAUCUCACACAGAGCUUCCGCCAGGGAGGAGAAUGGGGGAGGUGCCUACUGUAACGUGGGAAGAAGGCAGCACAGGACUUGCAGAUGUGAGGGCUGCAGUCUGACAAGGAGAUGCCAGCUCAGGGCCUCUCCUGAUUGCCUGACACUUGGCUUCAGGCUAGAAAAUGCUCCUAUGGCCCUUGUUCACUGAGGCCUGCUCUGCACAGGAUGCAGGCUACAUGUUGUAAGUUCAAACAGGUGCACAAGGCUCCUGAGGGACGCACCCAGACCUGUGAAGCCAUAUCUGACCCCUCCUUCCACCUGGGUCAGCUCACCUGAUCCCAGCAUCACCCUCACUGUAGGUGUUAGCCUCACUGUUCAGACCUGGAAACUGAGGCAAAGAGCGCUGGUGUGAUGUGCCCACAGACAUGCAUGCACAGCUAGUGUGUGGGGUGCCUGGUUUAGAGCCCACUCCUGGCUCCAAAGGCUCCUCAGCACAUUCCAGGACUUAUUGCUGAGCUC